UUUUAACAUACGUCAGAUCUUGCACAUAUUUUUAACAUAUCUAAAUAGAAGUUUGUUUAAUUACUUAUGAAAUGAUUGUAACGUGCUGUUCGUACAGGAAGAUCACCGUUUAGCGGUUGGUAGCAGAAGGGCGUUGACAUUUAAUCAAAAAGGCGAAACGAGAAGAUGCGUCUGUGACAUUAAUUCGCCAGUAGCAACCCGAUCGGAUUCGUUGUUACUCCUGAUCUCUCAUGAACUAAUCGGGGAAACAUGUCAAUUAAUUUAACGAAAAAUAAAGACGCACUGGUGGCCGCUUGGCACAGCGUAGUCGACGAUAAAUCGUCUACUAACUGGGCUGUAUUUGGAUAUGAAGGACAAACAAACAAUUUAAAGGUUGUUGGAACUGGGAACGGUGGUUUGGAGGAGAUGAUUGACCGUUUAAAUAGUAGUCAUAUCAUGUAUGCCUUUUGUCGAGUAAUAGACACUAAGACAAGCCUUCCGAAAUGUCUGUUAAUAAAUUGGCAAGGAGAAGGUGCUCCAAUACUUAGAAAGGGGACAUGUGCAAAUCAUAUUAGAGAUGUAGAAAAAUUACUGAAAGGUGCUCACAUAACAAUUACUGCUAGGUCUGAGGAUGAUGUAGAAGUAGAUUCUAUUAUGGAAAAGCUAGCCAGAGCAACUGCAUCUGCCUACAAAUUUAAUGAGCCCAGAGGGGAGAACGAAGGUAAUGCAGGUCCAGUUGGUACCACAUAUCGAAGAGUCAACCCUGAACAAGAAAUAAAUGCAAUUGAACGCGACCAGUUUUGGCAGAAAGAAGAACUGGAAGAAAAAAAAAGAUUAGAACAAGAACGUAUUAAAUCUGAGGCAGAACGUCAGCGCCUUGAAGAAGAAGUUAGGAUGAGAGAGGAGAAAGAAGCUAUGCUUAGAGAACAACAAGUCACUGCCAAAGAAAAUUCAAUAGCUCGUCAGAAGUUGGCAGAACAACGUGCGGAGGAGGCAAAUAAUAUACGUAAUCAGAUUGCAGCAAGUCAACAUUACAGCAACGAUGUCGAAGAUGAUCAUAAGUCGCGAAGCGAUGAAUUGCGCCGACAAAGGACUAAAGAAACACAACAAUUAAUUGCUCAAAGAACAAUAAAUGCCCGAGCAGUUUUUGAGCAGAACUCGGCUGCCGGUCAGAUGAAAUCUACCUCGGUACAGCAGCAAUAUGUACAAAAGAAUAAUCAUGUGGAGGCGGCUAAGAAAGCGCUUGAAGAGACUCAGCAAAAGGUAAUACCUCAUACUACAGCACAAGAAGAAGUAAAGACUGAAGUAAAUAGUGCACAUAACUCGGAAGUAGCUACGAAUUCUGCUAUAAAUAUACCUGCAACUCAAAGUGAACCUGUGGAGUCCAAUGCAACUGAGCCACAAGAAGACUCUGAGCAACCAUCAGCGACGAAAGAAGCAGUUACUGAAAAUGAAUUGUACAACCAAAUGGAUGGACAAUAUUUGUACUUCGAUCCAAACAACGAAGGAAUGAAAGCAAGAGCUUUGUAUGAUUAUCAAGCUGCUGAUGAUACAGAAAUUACAUUUGAUCCGGGUGACAUUAUUACACACAUAGAUGCCAUUGAUGAGGGAUGGUGGCAAGGUCUCGGACCUGAUGGAACUUAUGGACUUUUUCCCGCUAAUUAUGUUGAAGUUAUCGAGUAUAACACAACAUGAUAAAAAACAAACUUGUGAAAAUAGAAUACCUUUUCUUCUGAUUGAAAAGAAACAGUACUUGCUUUUUUAUAUUCAAAAGGUGAUUCAGUAUUUUCGUUGUUCUGGUAACAUCGCAUUUUCCUUUGAAUACUGAACUUACAAUUCAAAGGAUUUAGGUACAGUGUAUUCUAAAGAAUGUAAACGAGUAGUGCGUACGUAUUUAUAAUGAAGGAGCGAAUUAUGUUUUAAAAAUUUGAUGCACGCUCAUUAACGAAGGAAUUUAAUACGUUUAAUAAUAAUUAUGCAAGGAACGAUA